AUGAACGGCAGAAGCGCCGAACUAAGUGACGUUUUAAAACGACGAUGUAUAGACGCAUGCUGUGUGCAGGAGACCAAGUGGCGGGGCUCUAAAUCAAAACUUAUUGGAAAUGGAUACAAGCUACUUUACCAUGGAAUCGUAUGUAAAAAUGGCGUAGGCAUCGUACUUUCUGAAGCAUUGUGUUCCAGACUAGUCAACGUCCAAAGAGUCAGCGACCGGCUGAUGUCAGUUAAAAUUGCUUUAGACAAGCAGCCAUGUUUCAACAUAAUAUGUGCCUACGCACCUCAAACAAACUGCGCGGAUGCUGAGAAGGAAACUUUCUGGGAUGAUCUGUCGACUCUUCUACUUGAUAUACCGCAAGAGGAAUCUAUACAUAUAGGAGCAGACUUAAAUGGCCAUGUAGGGAAAAAUCAGGAUGGCUACGAAAGAUGUCACGGUGGUUUCGGGUUUGGCACCAGAAACACUGACGGUGAAAGGAUUUUGGAUCUUGCAGCUGGAUAUGAUUUAGCUGUAAUCAAUACAUUCUUUAAAAAGAAAGAUACCCACCUAAUAACAUAUCACAGUGGAGGACAUUCGACACAAAUUGAUUACGCAAUUACAAGGCGGUCACACUUAAAGUAUUAUAAAGAUUCAAAGGUAAUCCCGGGAGAACCACUAACCACACAACACCGACUCCUGGUCACGGUAUACAGACUACCAACUCCUCUUAAAGAUAGUAGAAGAUUGACACCAAAACUCAAAUGGAGGUCUCUAAAUAAACCAGAGGGAGAGCGACUUCUUUUGGAAAUAGGUGAUAAAAUUAAUACAACUGACUCAACAGUAUCCUCACCAAACGAAAUAUGGAAGGAUUUUCAAUCUUUCUGCAUUACAGCCGCUGAGACACAUUUAGGAAGAACUAAAUCCAGGAAGGGACCCUUUAGAGACACUCGGUGGUGGCGAGACGACAGUGUUAAGGCCGCCAUAGCAGAGAAGAAAGAACGCUUUAAAGCCUGGCAGAUCUCCCGAAAUGACUGUGAUCGUAACCAAUACAAAGAGUCGAAGAAGAGGGCAAAAGUGCAAGUUGCAAUAGCUAAAGCGGAAUCCGAUAGAGAUAUGUACGAAGAACUAGAGUCAGCUAAAACCGAAUUAGAUAUACAUAGAAUUGCAAAAAUUAGGCAUAAUAAUACUAAAGACUUCAAUAACGUUAAAUACAUUAAAAGUAAUAAUAAUAAUUUACUUACUUCUGAUAAAGAUAUCAAAACUAGAUGGGCCGAAUAUUAUAAACAUUUACUUAAUGUCUCACAUCCAAGAACCGUGACCAUAAAUACUCCACGAACUGUUAUCGGACCACUUCCUCCUGUCACAUUGGAAGAGGUCAAAUUAGCCGUAAAACAUAUGAAAAACAAUAAAGCCGUCGGCCCCGACGAAAUCCCAGCGGAGAUUUGGAAAAGGCUUGGAAGCACUGGACUGUCCUGGUUGUGCAUACUCUUUAAUAAAUUGAUGGUAGAAAAUCUUCCCAUACCAGAGGCCUGGCGUAACAGUUUCUUAGUCCCAUUUUAUAAAGGGAAAGGAGACAUUAGGGAUUGCAACAAUUUUAGAGCUAUUAAACUGAUGUCACAUACGUUCAAAACGUGGGAACGCAUAUUAAAUAACAGACUAAAAGAUAUCGUACAGCUGACUCAAAAUCAAUGUGGCUUUGUUGCUGGAAGGAGCACUUCCGACGCGAUUCAGGCCAUUCGAAUAUUGGUGGAAAAAGCUAAGGCCAACAACACUAAUUUGCAUAUGGUCUUUAUAGAUCUAGAAAAGGCCUUCGAUCAUGUCCCGCGCGAACUUAUCUGGGAAGCAUUGAGAUUCCAUGAAGUACCUGAACAGUAUAUAGCAUUAAUUCAAGAUAUGUAUACCAAUGUCACCACCCAGAUAGUUUGCCCAGCGGGAACUUGUGAAAAGUUUGAAAUAUGCAACGGAGUGCACCAAGGGUCAAUAUUAAGUCCUUUAUUAUUUAACGUCACCAUAGAUUACCUAACAAGAGCUCACCAAAAACCAGUGCCAUGGAACAUCUUGUAUGCGGAUGACGUCGCCCUAAUAUCAGAUAGUGUCAAAGACCUCCAAAAUCAACUAGACCUUUGGACUAAAUCAUUAGAGGAAAAUGGUUUGAGAGUAAGCCGUAAGAAAACAGAACACAUGUCAUGUUUAUUUAACGGUACAACAGAUCCCAACUCAAUCAAGCUCUACAUAAAUGAUGUCCCACUAUCUACAGUGAAAGAAUUUAAAUACUUGGGGUCGAUAAUCAGCAACGAUGGUAAAAUUGAUAGAGACGUAACCCAUAGAACCACAGUAGGCUGGAUGAAGUGGAGGCAGUUGACCGGUGUUAUGUGUGAUAACAGAAUGCCUUUAAAAAUAAAGGGUAAAUUAUAUAAAACCGCAGUACGACCCGCCAUACUUUAUGGAACUGAAUGCUGGGCAUCAACAAAACAACACGUUCAAAAACUGCAUACAACAGAGAUGCGCAUACUUCGCUGGUCAGCUGGAGUCACCCGGAGGGAUAGGAUCCGCAACGAAUACGUGAGAGGCAGUUUUAAAAUCGCUCCUAUUGAAGAAAAGCUAAAGGAAAAGCGACUACGCUGGUACGGCCACGUACUCAGACGGCCUUCUGAUCACAUGGUGCGAGUGGCAUUGGAUCUACCAAUGACGAAACGGGGCCGUGGAAGACGCCCUGCUACUUGGCUGACAACGGUCCAAAAUGACCUGAAAAACACAAAUAUUGAUGCCGGAACUGCACAAAAUCGUCCUGUGUGGAGAAAGAGGACAAGGAGAGCCGACCCCAGAUAAUGGGAAAAGGCUUAGGUAGAAGAAUACAAUAG